AUGGUGAACUUAAAGCUCCUUUACCAUUUCUUCAUUACUCACUUUUUCAAGCUCUUUCUGUUCCCAUUUGUGUCGUUUUUAUUCUUCCACAACCUCUGGUUCCAUCUCCAACACAACCUUGUAACCCUAACCAUUUUCUCAGUGGUUUUAGCUUUUGGUUCUGCCUUCUACUGCGUGGGCCGACCUAAGCCGGUUUACCUCGUUGACUACUCCUGCCAUCUUCCUCCUCCGCAUCUUAAGGCAACUAUCCCAAGGAUCAUAGAUGGUAUCAACAAGGUACGAGAAUCUAAUCCAUCAUGGAACGAACUUCCUGAGGAGUCAUCGUUGGACUUCUUGGUGAAGAUUCUUGAGCGUUCUGGUCUCGGUGACGAGACUUACGUCCCCGAGGCUAUUACAAGGGUCCCACCUCAACAGACCAUGGCCGCUGCACGUGAGGAGACAGAACAAGUCAUCUUCGAUGCCAUUAACAAUCUCUUAGCCAACACCAAAGUCAACUCACACGCGAUAUCGGCAUAA